AUGUAUAAGCUUUUGGCUCUUUUGGCUCUUGUCGUGUCUUCGGCUUCAGGAAUUCCAACACCUUCACCUCCAGUUUCCUCUGAGACGAGCUCUGAAAAUAAGCCAUCAGUUGCCAAGUCGCACCCUUUCCAAGCUGGUCUACCAACUGGACUGUUCUCGUCUGGAUCCUCAUUCAAUCUUCCAACUCAAACUACAAUUUGUAGAAUCCGCACUGUUGGACGCUCCAUCAACAAUGUUUGUCCAAUUGGAUUUACCGUAAUCACCAACGUUCGGAAAUGUUCUGUGGGAGACCGUGAAGCUGUAUUUUCAAAUGUCCGAGAUUUCGAAAAUCGGAAAAAUCCAUUUUUUGGAAAUUUUUAA